AUGAACACAAAUAAUGCAUCGCAGCAGCCUCAACAAAGUGCCAACGAGGAAUACGAACACAGGCAUGCACGCGAAUCACUCGAGUACAGAGAAAAAUCGCCCAGCCCAACCUGCCAAAUCCCACGAUCUGCUUCACCCGAUCCCCAGCCCAACAUCAAUCUAGACUUCAGCUACGACGCCCUCCCAGGUCUAAACAUCCGCUUACCAUACGGCGAAGAGAUAUUCUCAUUCUCCCGCGAGCGAUUAUUCCAGGAGUUAUGCUGGCAGCACGAAUUCGAAUGGCUGUUGAUCUGCCUCCAAUCUCCUGGGGUUCUUUAUCCCGAGUACAUUCCCAAGGCUGACGGGAGAGAGUUUCGAAAGGUAAUGGCUAGGUUUGAGCAGAUUGUCGAUGGUAUGAAACGUGACUAUGCUGAGAUACAGAGAAAUGCUGUGAUUGAGAUUGCUUUUGUGCCUGUGUGUAAGGGGCAUUCGAGAACUGUGAUGAUGGAAGCUUGGUUGAAGCGAAUGGCUGAAUCGCGUGGCGCUGCUUUUUGA